CGCCAGCGGGUUUUGGCGGGGAAAUCGCUGCUGUUGGAUUUGCGCGGUGGCGCGCCCAGGACAAGUCUGCCGGGCUGAUUGGUGGAGUCAUGGCAGUGCCCUUUGUGGAAGACUGGGACUUGGUGCAAACCCUGGGAGAAGGUGCCUAUGGAGAAGUUCAGCUUGCUGUGAAUAGAAUAACUGAAGAAGCUGUUGCAGUGAAGAUUGUAGACAUGAAGAGGGCCGUAGACUGUCCGGAAAAUAUUAAGAAAGAGAUCUGCAUUAAUAAAAUGUUAAACCAUGAGAAUGUUGUAAAAUUCUAUGGUCACAGGAGAGAAGGCAAUAUCCAGUAUCUAUUUUUGGAGUACUGUAGUGGUGGAGAGCUUUUUGAUAGAAUAGAGCCCGACAUAGGCAUGCCUGAACAAGAUGCCCAGAGAUUCUUCCAUCAGCUCAUGGCAGGGGUGGUUUAUCUGCACGGUAUUGGGAUAACUCAUAGAGAUAUUAAGCCAGAAAAUCUCCUCUUAGAUGACAGGGAUAACCUCAAAAUCUCUGACUUUGGCUUGGCCACAGUAUUUCGGCAUAAUAAUCGUGAGCGUUUAUUGACAAAGAUGUGUGGUACAUUACCUUAUGUUGCUCCAGAACUUCUGAAAAGAAAAGAAUUUCAUGCAGAACCAGUUGAUGUUUGGUCCUGUGGAAUAGUACUUACUGCAAUGUUGGCUGGAGAACUUCCAUGGGACCAGCCCAGUGACAGUUGUCAGGAAUAUUCUGAUUGGAAAGAAAAAAAGACAUACCUCAACCCUUGGAAAAAAAUCGAUUCUGCUCCUCUGGCUCUGCUUCAUAAAAUCCUAGUGGAGAAUCCAACAGCAAGAAUUACCAUCCUGGACAUCAAAAAAGAUAGAUGGUACAACAAGUCACUUAAGAAAGGGGCAAAGAGGCCCCGAGUCACUUCAGGAGGUGUGCCAGAGUCCCCUAGUGGACUUUCCAAGCACAUUCACUCUAAUUUGGACUUCUCUCCAGCACACAAUGCUUCCAGUGAAGAAAAUGUGAAGUAUUCUAGUUCCCAGCCAGAACCACGGACAGGUCUUUCCUUAUGGGAUUCCAGUCCCUCAAACAUCGAUAAAUUGGUACAAGGGAUCAGUUUCUCCCAGCCCGCAUGUCCUGAUCAUAUGCUUCUGAAUAGUCAGUUGCUUGGUACUCCAGGAUCCUCACAGAAUCCCUGGCAGCGCUUGGUGAAAAGAAUGACACGUUUCUUUACCAAAUUGGAUGCAGACAAAUCUUAUCAGUGCCUGAAAGAGACUUGUGAGAAGUUGGGCUAUCAUUGGAAGAAGAGUUGUAUGAACCAGGUUACUGUAUCAACAACUGAUAGAAGAAACAAUAAACUGAUUUUCAAAAUAAAUUUGGUAGAAAUGGAUGAGAAGAUAUUGGUUGACUUCCGGCUUUCUAAGGGUGAUGGAUUGGAGUUCAAGAGACACUUCCUGAAGAUAAAAGGGAAGCUGAGUGAUGUUGUGAGCAGCCAGAAGGUUUGGCUUCCUGUCACGUGAUCCAUUUGCUGUGGGGAUUCCUGGUGAAUAUAGUGCUGCUUUGUUGACAUUAUUCUUCCUAGAGAAGAUCAUUCUAUUAUGCCGACUGCAAACAGUAGCUCCCGAAGAGUUUUCAUUCCCUCUGUCCAAAACUCAAUUGUUUGCACAUUUUCCAUAUAAAUAAUAUCUAUAAUACUGGAUCAAAUUCAUUAGAACAGUGUGUGUAGUGUAUGAAUUUGAAACCCAUCUGGCUGAAACUCAUGUAUCUAUCAUCAGCUACCUACUUGAGUUAACCAGCUUUUGUGACAACAUAAUAUCCCAGAUUUUCAAUUUUAGUAAAUGUGCUCUCAAGCAGGCCCUGUGCUUACAUUUUCAAAAGCAUAUGACCAGGAAUAUAAAACUAUUAGAAUGAUUAAAACUACAAGUAGGUAUUUUUUCUUUCUAGUUAAAUAUAAAAUACUGGUUAAUCCUCAAGAUGAUGAGCAUAUUCUAGGGCUUAACUGACUUUA